GUUACGAGGGCUGUUGGUGUAAGUCUAAUUUAAGCCAGGGGUGCUUUAGGCCCGGUCCACUUUUCGUACUCGCGUCCUUGCGCAUCACCAUCCAGUGUCUCCUCUUUUCCCCCAACUUCUCAUUUCUGUCCUUUUCUCGUCAUCGCCGCCCGCCUUUCGAGCAGAGACCACCGCAAUUCCGUCCCUCCCCCGGACCGUCCACUCCUUACGACACGUCGCGCAUCCUCUCCGCAUAAUACUUCGCCAUGUCCGACGAUAAGAAGAGCGACGACUAUGGCAUGGGCUCAGCAAAGGGCUCCCGUGCGCCAUCGCCGGUAACACGCUCAUCCAAAGGCAGCAGCGCUUCGAUCACAGAAAACCCCGUUGUCGCCAUCCUCUCUUACUGCUUCUCUUCGAUCCUCAUGACGGUGACGAACAAAUACGUCUUGUCCGGCCGCGACUUCAACCUCAACUUCUUCCUGCUCUGCGUGCAGUCAGUUGUCUGUGUUUUUGCUAUCUCCAUAUGCAAAGCCUCUGGGAUCAUUACAUACCGCGACUUCAACUCGGAUGAAGCGAAGAAGUGGUUUCCUAUUGCUCUCCUUCUCAUCGGUAUGAUCUACACAAGUACUUGGGCGCUCAAGUAUCUCUCGAUCCCCGUCUACACAAUCUUCAAGAACUUGACCAUCAUUCUCAUUGCCUACGGUGAGGUGCUCUGGUUCGGUGGCUCCGUUACACCCAUGGCUCUCUUCUCUUUCGGUUUGAUGGUAUUCAGCUCCCUCAUCGCAGCUUGGGCAGACAUUCAGCACGCGCUCUCGAGCGUAGGCCACGCCUCGGAGACGGCGACUGAGGCUGUCUCAACACUGCACGCCGGCUACCUGUGGAUGAUGUUCAACUGCAUCUGCAGCGCUACAUUCGUCCUUUGCAUGAGGAAGCGCAUUAAGCUCACCAACUUCAAGGACUUUGACACUAUGUACUACAACAACCUUCUCACCAUCCCCAUCCUCCUCGUCGCAUCGAUCGUAGUCGAAGACUGGUCCCCCGCAAACAUCCAGAAGAACUUCCCCGCCGACCAGCGCAACGCAGUCAUGUUCGUGAUGGUUCUGUCCGGUCUCUCCUCCGUCUUCAUCUCCUACACUUCCGCAUGGGCCGUGCGCGUCACAACCUCCACCACCUACUCCAUGGUCGGUGCUCUCAACAAGCUCCCAAUCGCGCUCAGUGGCUUGGUGUUCUUCGACGCACCCGUCACAUUCGGUAGUGUAUCCGCCAUCUUCGUCGGUUUCAUCAGCGGUAUCGUCUAUGCGCUCGCAAAGGUGCGCCAGAACGCCGCUGCCAAGGCGAAGAGCGUACUGCCCAUCUCGAACGUGCCGCUCAGCUCCAGCAGCCAGAGCAUGCGCGACGGCCUCAAGGCGUAAAAGGCCUGCUUGGGUUGCAAUGUAUGAUUACACGAAGCGAGUGCCAACUUUCAGCAUCGCUAUCAUUCCACUUGCGGCACUAUUGGAUUGAAUCCAAUAUAUUCUUUGGCGGGGUUUCAGGGCGCUUCGAUUCGAAACUUGUUCAUGUACCGCUUAGACACGAGCUUUUGACCACUUUAUUUAGCAUUUUCUAGACUGGAUCGGCGUUUUACAGGGAUGCCGUUCAGGAUCUUUGAGCGAGUGAGUAUAUGACAGGCACGACUAUCUGUCUACGUGGCAGCGGGAUUGGUGUUGAAGAUAUAGUUAAUAACGAUCAGUCUUUUUCGACUACCAAUUCGCAUUGCUUUUUGUUAAGUGGGGCACUUGUUUCACAGCCGGGUCAUAAAGGACACGCAUGAGAUGCAAGUGGUGUUGCGUCGUAAAGUUUCAAUUCCCUUCCAGGAAGCGCUCACUUCCGUCC